AUGGAGCGGGCCAGCCCGGGCUCCGGGGGGUCGCAGCGGCAGCGGGACCAGGAUUCGGUGGAAGCGUGGCUGGAUGAUCACUGGGACUUUACCUUCUCUUACUUUGUUAGGAAAGCCACAAGAGAAAUGGUCAAUGCCUGGUUUGCUGAGAGAGUCCACACUAUCCCUGUGUGCAAGGAAGGCAUCAGAGGCCACACAGAAUCCUGCUCUUGCCCCUCGCAGCAGAGUCCCCGCGCAGAUAGCAGUGCCCCCGGAACACCAACCAGGAAGAUCUCUGCCUCCGAAUUUGACCGGCCCCUUAGACCCAUUGUUGUCAAGGAUUCUGAGGGAACCGUGAGCUUCCUCUCUGACUCAGAAAAGAAGGAACAGAUGCCUCUAACCUCCCCAAGGUUUGAUAAUGAUGAAGGGGACCAGUGCUCAAGACUCUUGGAAUUAGUGAAAGAUAUCUCUAGUCAUUUGGAUGUCACAGCCUUAUGUCACAAAAUUUUCUUGCAUAUUCAUGGACUUAUCUCCGCUGAUCGCUAUUCCCUCUUCCUUGUCUGUGAGGACAGCUCCAAUGACAAGUUUCUUAUCAGUCGCCUGUUUGAUGUUGCAGAAGGUUCAACACUGGAAGAAGCUUCAAAUAACUGUAUCCGCUUAGAAUGGAACAAAGGCAUUGUGGGACACGUGGCAGCAUUUGGUGAGCCGUUGAACAUCAAAGAUGCUUAUGAGGAUCCUCGGUUCAAUGCAGAAGUUGACCAAAUUACAGGCUACAAGACACAAAGUAUCCUUUGUAUGCCGAUUAAGAAUCAUAGGGAAGAGGUUGUUGGUGUAGCCCAGGCCAUCAACAAGAGAUCCGGAAACGGUGGGACAUUCACUGAAAAAGAUGAAAAGGACUUUGCUGCUUAUUUGGCAUUUUGUGGUAUUGUUCUCCAUAAUGCUCAACUUUAUGAGACUUCACUGCUGGAGAACAAGAGAAAUCAGGUGCUGCUUGACCUUGCUAGCUUAAUUUUUGAAGAACAGCAAUCAUUAGAAGUAAUUCUAAAGAAAAUAGCUGCCACUAUUAUCUCUUUCAUGCAGGUGCAGAAAUGCACCAUUUUCAUUGUGGAUGAAGAUUGCUCCGAUUCUUUUUCUAGUGUGUUUCACAUGGAGUGUGAGGAAUUAGAAAAAUCAUCAGACACUUUAACAAGGGAGCGUGAUGCAAACAAAAUUAAUUACAUGUAUGCUCAGUAUGUCAAAAAUACUAUGGAGCCACUGAAUAUCCCAGAUGUCAGUAAAGACAAAAGAUUUCCCUGGACAAAUGAAAACACAGGAAAUGUCAGCCAGCAAUGCAUUAGAAGUUUGCUUUGUACACCUAUAAAAAAUGGAAAGAAGAAUAAAGUGAUAGGGGUUUGCCAACUUGUAAAUAAGAUGGAGGAGAAUACUGGCAAGGUUAAGCCUUUCAACCGAAAUGAUGAACAGUUUCUGGAGGCUUUUGUCAUCUUUUGUGGCUUGGGGAUCCAGAAUACGCAGAUGUAUGAAGCAGUGGAGAGAGCCAUGGCCAAGCAAAUGGUCACACUCGAGGUUCUGUCGUAUCAUGCUUCAGCAGCAGAGGAGGAAACAAGGGAGCUCCAAUCCUUAGCGGCUGCUGUGGUACCAUCUGCUCAGACGCUUAAAAUUACUGAGUUCAGUUUCAGUGACUUUGAGCUGUCUGACCUAGAAACGGCACUGUGCACAAUUCGGAUGUUCACUGACCUCAACCUUGUGCAGAACUUCCAGAUGAAACAUGAGGUUCUUUGCAGGUGGAUUUUAAGUGUUAAGAAGAAUUACAGGAAGAAUGUUGCCUAUCAUAAUUGGAGACACGCCUUUAAUACAGCUCAGUGCAUGUUUGCUGCUCUAAAGGCAGGCAAGAUUCAGAACAAGCUGACUGACUUAGAGACGCUCGCCCUGCUGAUUGCUGCUCUCAGCCACGACUUGGACCACCGUGGUGUGAAUAACUCUUACAUACAGCGAAGUGAACACCCACUUGCUCAGCUCUACUGCCAUUCAAUCAUGGAACAUCAUCAUUUUGACCAGUGCCUGAUGAUUCUUAAUAGUCCUGGCAAUCAGAUUCUCAGCGGCCUCUCCAUUGAAGAAUAUAAGACCACGUUGAAAAUAAUCAAGCAAGCUAUUUUAGCUACAGACCUAGCACUGUACAUUAAGAGACGAGGAGAAUUUUUUGAAAUUAUAAGAAAAAAUCAAUUCAACUUGGAAGAUCCUCAUCAAAAAGAGUUGUUUUUAGCGAUGCUGAUGACAGCUUGUGAUCUCUCUGCAAUUACAAAGCCCUGGCCUAUUCAACAACGGAUAGCAGAACUUGUAGCAACUGAAUUUUUUGACCAAGGAGACAGAGAGAGAAAAGAACUCAACAUAGAGCCUGCUGAUCUAAUGAACAGGGAGAAGAAAAACAAAAUCCCAAGUAUGCAAGUUGGGUUCAUAGAUGCCAUCUGCUUGCAACUAUAUGAGGCCUUGACCCACGUUUCUGAGGACUGUUUCCCUUUGCUGGAUGGCUGCAGGAAGAACAGGCAAAAAUGGCAGGCUCUUGCAGAACAGCAGGAGAAAAUGCUGAUUAAUGGGGAAAGCAGCCAGGCCAAGCGGAACUGAGUGGCCUAUUCACGCAGAGUUGAAGUUUACAGAUGGUGUAUUUUGCAUUUUUAAGUGAACAUUUUAAGUCUCAACAAAAAAUUGAGAAAAAAGUGCUAACUGGAACACUGACCUGAGGUAAGGUAUGACUGCAGCUAAAAGGUAAAAUGAACCAUUACUUUUCUUUGGAAAUAUAGAGAAUAGUUUUAAUUAUAUAAACAACAAAGGGCUAUCCUUGAUAUUGGCCUCAAAAAUUAAAUUGAGGGAGCACUGUAAGGUAAGAAAGCUUAGGCCUGAAUAAAUUUAAGAGUAUUGAGUUUGCUACUGAGAAACUGCCCUAUUUGGGUUUAUAGGACUAGUCUGUUAGAACCACAGAAGUUUAGGUAUGUAUGCUAAUUGCUGACCCUGAGCUUAUAGUUGUUGGUAUUCACACAGUUUUUAGUACAUUUAGAAAAUGCUAACAUUGUCUUAGAUUUGAGCCCAUUUGGUUCAAAUUGACCAACUGGUUCAAGAAAGGAAAAUCUGUUCCAAAUAUGUGGAAACGUUUGGACUCGGUGAGAGUAGGAAGAGAAGAAUUUCUCUGAAUUGUUAACCACCUCCCUUCCCAAAACAGUUUCUGAGUUUCAGUCACUAUAGCAAACCUCUUGGGGCCUUGGGGCCGCAUUCCCAAACACCUUUCACUAAACAAGCAGAAUGUUCUUUCCCUAAACUGCCUAAAAUUCAACAUAAUUCAUUAAGUUUUUAGAAUUCUGAGAGUGUAUCUUCUAUAAUGUGACUUAAUUCUUACCUUUCAGAUAAAAAAAAAAGGCAAAACAAAUUAUGCUGCCAUUACUUUGUAGUGGUAAAGGCUAGUCUAGGAAGUUAUCAGCUGUUUGUUGCUAUAUGUCUUAUUGUUGUAAUAUUUGUAUUUUUCAGGAUGUUACUUGAUUUUUAUUUGAUGUCAUAUAGGUGAGAUCUAUAAAAUUGCCUCUUGGUGGCACUGGUGUAUAAAGUACAAAGGCUGUUACUAAAAUAACGUACCUAUAUGCCAGUAUCCCCAUGCAUGCAUACAUAAUUCCUUAGUAUAGAAAAAUUGUUUAAAGAAUAGCAGUCUUUAAUGACCUUUUUAUCAUACACGUUGUGAUUUAGCAGUUAUGCUAAAAUCUGUAACCCUGUACUUCAGUAGUUUGUUUAGACCCAUCUAAUAUAUGCCACUGAGAUGUAUGGAGGUUUUAUACAUGUGUCAUUUUAACAAGCAAGAAGAUAUAGAUUAGAAAUUGUUUGGUUUACCUUUAGACAGUGGUUUAUUUUACUUUACUAGUUUAGCAGUUAGAAGCUGGGUAGUACCAUGCCUAUUCCAUUGUUGCAAGUUUUAGUUCUUAUGAGAAGAGUACUUAUUUAGGACCAGUUAGUAGGUGCAAAUAAUUUUUACUUUUUAGGAAAAUAAUUCCAUACAUAGAUUAAUAUCUGGUACAGGGGCACAAAUCAAAGCUUUAGUUCUUAUGUGAAUAUUUUUUCCCAUUCUCUUCUCAAG